UUUAUUGUUAUUUUUUUUUUUUGAACAAAAACUGAAAACCUGCGUCUACCAUCUCCCCCAUCUCUUCCUUUCAUACAAUGCAGCGGAGUCGCCGCCCCUUGCGUGACUCAGUCGUGCGUCGCCACCACCCUCAUCGCCGCCCACUUCGUCUUCCGCUUCAAGCUUCAGAUCAUUACCCAACGACUUAUAGCCACCGCUCUCCGGCCACACUCGGUCCAUCGCCCCCGUGCCCAGCUACUGCCCUUCGGGUCUAUCGUAGGGGAGAAUCUGCGCUGCAUUCUCUCUCGGGUUUCCCUGGGGUUCUCACAUCUUAGAAUCGAAGGGCUUCUGGUUUGUAACGAACAUGGCGACUGCAUCAGUGGCAUUCAAAUCUAGGGAGGACCAUCGCAAGCAGCUGGAAUUGGAAGAAGCACGUAAGGCCGGGCUUGCACCAGCUGAGGUUGAUGAGGAUGGAAAAGAAAUCAAUCCUCAUAUUCCUCAGUAUAUGUCUUCUGCACCUUGGUAUCUUAAUGCAGAGAGACCUAGUUUAAAACAUCAAAGGAAAUGGAAAUCGGAUCCAAAUUACACAAAAUCAUGGUACGACCGAGGUGCAAAAAUACAUCAGGCUGAUAAGUACAGGAAGGGUGCAUGUGAAAACUGUGGGGCCAUGACGCACACUACAAAAUCAUGCAUGGAAAGGCCCCGGAAAGUGGGAGCAAAGUGGACAAACAAGCACAUUGCACCUGAUGAAAAGAUAGAGAGUUUUGAGCUAGAUUAUGAUGGCAAAAGAGACCGGUGGAAUGGAUAUGAUCCAGCAACAUAUGCCCGUGUUAUUGAGAAAUAUGAAAAACAAAAUGAAGCUAGAAGGAAAUUCUUGAAGGAGCAACAGCUUAAAAAAUUAGAGGAGAAAAAUAAUAACCAAGAUGGUGAGGGUGAGGCUGAGAUGAGUGAUGAGGAAGAUGAUGAAGAUGCUUUAAAGGUGGACGAAGCGAAGGUUGAUGAAAGCAAACAAAUGGAUUUCGCGAAGGUUGAGAAGCGUGUGCGUACCACUGGUGGCGGGAGUACAGGAACCGUUAGGAACCUACGUAUUCGAGAGGAUACAGCAAAAUAUCUUCUUAAUCUUGAUGUCAACUCUGCAUAUUAUGAUCCCAAAACACGUUCUAUGCGUGAGGAUCCUAUUCCAGAUAUGGAUCCAAAUGAGAAGUUCUAUUUGGGAGAUAAUCAAAAUAGAGUAAGCGGUCAGGCUUUGGAGUUUAAACAGCUCAACAUCCAUGCUUGGGAAGCAUUUGAGAAGGGACAAGAUAUUCACAUGCAGGCAGCUCCAUCCCAAGCGGAGUUGCUUUAUAAAAAUUAUAAGGUCAUAAAGGAGAAACUGAAGUCUCGAAUUAAGGACACUAUUAUGGAUAAAUAUGGUAAUGCAGCUACUGAAGAAGAAAUACCCAAAGAGCUGCUUUUGGGACAGAGUGAAAGACAAGUAGAAUAUGAUCGUGCAGGCAGGAUCAUAAAUGGGCAGGAGACAGCUCUUCCAAGAAGCAAGUAUGAAGAAGAUGUUUACAUUAACAAUCACACUAAUGUCUGGGGUUCAUGGUGGAGAGAUCAUCAGUGGGGUUACAAGUGCUGCAAGCAGAUGAUUCGGAACAGCUAUUGCACAGGUGCCGCUGGAAUUGAGGCUGCUGAAGCUGCAGUAGAUCUUAUGAAGGCUAAUAUUGCUCGUAAAGAGGCUGUGGAAGAGAAGCCCGCCGCAGUGGAAGAGAAAAGGCUUGCAACUUGGGGAACAGAUGUGCCAGAUGAUUUGGUUCUGGAUGAAAAAUUACUCGCUGAAGCACUGAAGAAGGAGGAUGAAAAAAGAAGAGAGGAUAAAGACGAAAGAAAGCGCAAAUACAAUGUUAGAUGGAAUGAUGAGGUUACUCCGGAGGAGAUGGAGGCAUAUAGGAUGAAGAAAAUCCAUCAUGAUGACCCUAUGAAAGACUUUAUGUAUUGAGGGGCCUUGCUGGCUCCUUGAAGUUCCUAGGUUCUACUCCUACAGUCUUGUAACCAGAAAGAAAAGAUGGAAGUGAGACAAACAAAUCAUUAAAUGAUUUAUAGCUCAGAUGCUGUAAUGGAUGUUUACUAGAACUGUUGUCUUCCUUGGCAUCAACUGGUGAAAAAAUUAGUCGGGGUCGUGUGCAUAUGUAGAUGUGUUAUUGCAUUGGGGUUUGCGCGUGUGUUUGUUUGUUUUGUUUUGUUUUUGUUUUUUUUGUUGUGGCUGUGUACUCAGAAUAUAUAACAGUUAUGUGGCUACAAAAAUAUAAAUAGCAGAAAAAGAUAUUAUUGGACA